AUGAAGUACAACGCAUUACUCGUCGCUGCAGCUGCAGCAGAACCUCUCACUAUAAAACUCGAAAGUCGUUCUCACAGCCUCAAUCUGUCAAAUUGGUGGAACGUGACAGACUUCCAAUGGUACGGAAAAGUCUCUGUAGGAACACCACCUCAAGAAUUUAACCUUCUCAUCGACACCGGCUCAACAGAUCUUGUCAUCCCAAAGAAAGGAUGUUCGACAUGCGAUGAUCACGCCUCGUUCGACCCUCAAAAGUCCGAGACUUAUUCUGACAAGCCGGGAUACAAGUUUGUGGCUAGUUAUGAUACUUCUGGGGAUGCUCAGCCGUACGCGAAGCCUUUGUCGACGGAGGGCAAGAUUAUCACAGAUACGGUGACUAUUGGGGGCCUCAGUGCAGAGAAUCAGACUUUCUUCCUUGGUGGUGACUUUCCAAAGGAACUGGGCAAAGAUCCAAUGGGUCCCAAUAUUGAUGGCAUCUUUGGGAUCGGUCCUCCGGGGUCAUCUGUGUUCAGCGCUCUCAACAAGACUUUCACGCCGACGUUUUGGAACCUCGUCAAGUCGGAGCAGCUCGAUCCUGUUUUCUCGCUGUUUCUCAACACUGGGAAUGACAGCAUUGGGGAAAUGACGCUCGGUGGUGUUGACUCUUCGAAAUAUGAGGGCGAAUUGACAAAAGUCCCUUUCAACGAGACUGUUGUUGCUUUGGGGGGCAGCUGGUAUAUCGACAACCCUGCCUACUACGUCAACAAGGCUAUCACUCCAUCUCUUGAAAAUGCAACAAGUCUUCAAUCUGUGGCACAUCUUGACACCGGUACUGCAUAUAUCAUGGCUCCAGAUCAUCAGACUGCGAAGGACAUGUACGCAGCCAUUAGUCCGGAGAUCAUACUUCUCGACAAACUCGGUGUCUGGGGAGGUCCUUGCGAUGUAGUCAAGAAGCUUGAACCGGAACUGACAUUCACCGUUGGAUCUGGUAACAGAUUAGUCAAUUUGACAAUGCCAAAGGAUGCAUUCAAUCUUGGAGAGCACCCCUCUCAUCCCGGACAAUGCCAGACUGUCAUUCUUCACGCCCCAAAGCCAAUUAGUGAUCUCGCAGCUGUUUGGAUCUUGGGAAGUCCAGUUCUCAAAGGCUAUUACACUGUUUGGGACGGGAAGAAUCUGGAACUGGGGGUAGGGCAGCUCAAGGAAGAGCAUAGGGAGCCUGUGACGCCGGGGACUUCGAUUGCGACAACUCUGGCGCCUUGCUGGGCGUUGAUAGCCGUAUUUGCGUUGAUAUAG